AUGGCCUCUUCUCGCCGUUGUGAGAACAAAGAGGAUAAGCUGGAGGAGGUCCAUGGAGAUGCGUUUGUCGAACGAUUGGCGUCCUAUCCUACGCACAUGGACGAGGCCGUUACGGCACUGAAAGAUGUAAUCCGUGGUCUGAAAAGGAUGGUCAUGACCAAUGGAGAGUGGAUAUCUCUCAGCCGCGAUCGCAUCGACUCGCGGAAGGAGAGGGAUGUGAGCGAUGUUGAAUCCACGGAAUCGGACGGCGGCCUGGCAGAUGGAUGA